UCUUGUACCUCUUCGUGAGGUUAGGUUUCCCUCAAGAAGUCAAAAGUCAUGACUCGUAAAAACAUUCAUUAACAAUACGAUUUUUCAAACGAUUUCAAUUCUUCAGGUUAUUCCUUAUACUGUGUCAUUUGUUGUUUGUUGCUGAAUGUCAGUAGUUGAUCAUAAGAACAUCACAAUGUACAACAAAAUGUACGGCAAAUCCAAACAUUUACUGUGCUGUCUACAAUCAACUGGAUUAUUAUUCUUAUUUCUAGUAACAGCUUCAUCUCUAAUUCAAUCACCACCAAGAAUUGUUAACGAACCAUAUUCAGACGAAGUACUAUUUCAAGUAGCCACUGUCGAAAAUCAACAAGUUAAACCAUUUGUAAUUAAAUGUGAAGCAGAAGGAUUACCUGCUCCUAAGUAUCGUUGGAUGAAAAAUGGUAAACAUUUUAAUUGGCAGGAAUAUAAUGACAGAAUAACUCAACAACCUGGUCAAGGUUCAUUAACUGUUACCAAACCCAGGGAUGAAGAUAUUGGACAAUAUCAAUGUUUUGCAGAAAAUAUUUAUGGUAUAGCUACAUCUAAAUCUGUGAAUGUUGUGAAGGCCGAAUUAAAUUCAUUUAAAAAUGAACCAAAACUCUAUGUUGAAGCUCAAGAAGGUAAUCCAUUGAAACUUCCUUGUCAUCCUCCAACUGGAUUGCCAAAGCCAAAUAUAAAUUGGCUCAAAAGAAAUCAAGUAGGCAGCAUACAAUACGUUACCAACACUAGAAUAACAUUAGAUCCAGAAGGUAACCUCUGGUUUUCAAAUGUAACUAGAGAUGAUAAAACUAGUGAUGGAUCUACAUAUUUUUGCUUUGCAGAAUCAUUGACAACGGGCGAAUAUAAAUUAGGAAAUUUUGUAAAUUUGAAUGUUAUUCAAGCCACAGAAACAGCUUUACAAAAUAAAUAUCCACCUACUCAACAAUACGUAACUAGAAGAAAUGAAGUUGCGUUGUUGGAUAAAAAUGUUGAAUUGUUUUGUAUUUAUGGUGGAACUCCCUUACCAGAAACUGUUUGGCUUAAAGAUGGAAGACCUAUCCAAUCCAAUGAAAGAGUAAGCCAAGGAAAUUAUGGGAAAAGUUUGAUAAUUAGAAAAGUUAAAUUUGAAGAUAAGGGAAAAUAUACAUGUGAAGUUAGCAAUGGUGUAGGAUCACCUCAAUCAUAUAACAUUGAGUUAGAUGUUAUGGCUGUGCCAUAUUUUACUGUGGUUCCACAAAUCGUCGAAGGAGCUGAAGGGGAAACUGCAGUUAUUAGAUGUGAAGCAAGUGGUAAUCCAGAACCUACAAUUGAAUGGAUUCAUAAUGGUCGACCAUUAAGCGAAGCGUCACCAAAUCCCAGACGUUCUGUUACUUCUAAUUCUAUUACCAUUACACCAUUGACUAAAAAUGAUACUGGAAAUUAUGGUUGUAAUGCAACCAACAGUAUCGGAUAUGUAUACAAGGAUAUUUAUGUUAACGUAUUGGGGUUUUCUCCCGAAAUCAGUGAAAAAUUUAAGAGAGAAACUAUUGAUAUCCGUGCUUUGAUUAUUGAAAAUGCAUAUUUUGGGGUGCCAGAUCUACAUGUAAAGUGUACAAAAAACGAUAUGGAAUUAACAGAUGGAAGUUAUUCAGUACUGGACAAUGGUGAUUUACAAAUAAUAUAUCCAAUGAAAGGGUUAAAUCAACAAAUUUUCUACGAAAAGUACCCAUUGGGUAUCCAUUCACGCAAAAAGGUUCUUGUUGAGACUCCUUAAAAUCCGACUAUUUCGAAUGUAAUGGAAGUAGAAGCACAAUAUUUAGUUAAGAAUCUGUUUUACCCGAUUUCAUAUAAGGAAACUUUAAAGGCUACAAAGAAAAUUGAUUUUUGUAAGUGGAUUAGUUUAAGUAAGUGGAUAUACGUUAGAUGAAUAGAAUAUUUAAGCUACUUAAAAUAGUAUAAAUAAAAUAAAUAUAAUUUUAUGAAUAUUCAAAAAAUGUACUUCACUUUUAAAGCAAUUUAAAUUAGAAUAAGUAUAAAAAUAUAUAAGUAUUUAAAAAUGCAUUAGUUACUAAGUUUAAAACAACAAUUUUUUUAUUAGAUUAUCAUCACAACAAAAAAAAAAAAAAAUGUAAUUUGGCUUAAAAAAAAAAGAUUGUAAAAUUAGUUAAUUAGAAAAUAUAUUAGUUAAUAAUAAGUAUAUAAAAAUAAAGUUGUAUUAAUAAAUAACAACAUCUAAAAACUCAAUAUAAUAUGUUUUGUAUUACAUAA